AUGACGAGGGCCACGUGGAACGAGAAGUAUCCCGAGCCGGAACCCCGCCCCCCGGCUCUAGAUUUUUCGACAGUUAUCCUCGGGGCGGGGAUUUUUAUUGUGGCUCUCAUUAUUUUGGCGGUUGGCCUCAUUAUUGGACUCCAGUUUCCAGACUUCGCCCAAAAUCGUGUCAUUGAAGAGCAAUGUGUGACCAGUAAGGAACACGAAUUAUUUGAUGAAUGGGUUUCCGAGAGUGAGUGGAAUCGUUACAACAAAUUGUAUUACUGGGUAGUAACUAACCCGGCCGGAGUCCUGUACGGCGGACAACAACCAAUGUUGUCGCAGCAGGGCCCGUACAUAUACCGGGAAUAUCGACAUAAGACGGCCAUUUUAUUUUCAAGAUCACGUGUCAGUUUCAGCAAUAACAUCAGUCAGGUUUUUGACGUCGCUGCUACAAGGUCUGCCUGCGUCUCUUGUUUGGAUACUGAUACGAUCACUCUUCUGAAUGCAAGACAUCUCCAGCUCGUUCACAGAGUAAACGGCAUGGAAAAUUAUAUUUAUAGCCAAAUACCGGAAGUUCUUAACAACACGUUGUGGUCCUUAACAUCAAAGCAAACUGGGCUUGAUGCAGACGUUUUAAAAUUCUUUGGAUGCCUUAGUAGCGCAUGUGUUACCACUUUAUCUGCAAAUCUUAGCAGUGCUGAUAACUUAAGAAAUAUAUCUAUUGGAGAGUGGGUCCAAAUGAACGACACAGAAUAUAAAACUGUGCUAUUAAAUAAAAGGCAAAGCACAGGUUUUCUCGAAACGGAAAUGAAUGCAUUAUAUAAAAAUAUUUUAAACUCUACUCUGCUUGGAGUGUCUGAUAUACAACUUAGAGAUUCACAACUACAAAAUAGAUGUAGUUCUUACGUGUUAGAUACACUUUGUAAUUCUUCAGCUGAAAGUGGUUAUAAUCAUUUUACUAGUGAUGAUGCAUUUUCAGCGACUUGUGGGUUACUGCCGCUUUUACGAACUAAAACCAUAACAAAUAUGUCGUGUUUAAUUCAAGUAUCACAACUGUUUUUAACUUUUAUGUGCGAAAAUGUAAAUACGACUUGUAGUUUUGAAAACGAUAUUUUAGAGUCAUUUUACUACUCCUUCCGGGAUUUUAUACUGCAGACACUGACGGGGGUUGUGUAUGAAGCUCUUUUUGUCAGUGGCGUUCAUGGAAUGUUGGAAACAAGACCCCAGAGGGACAUGGCCCUGGGGUAUCGGACAGGGGAUGGGGUAGACGUACCGGGACUUUUACCCAACACCGUCAGAAACAUUAACCCACAAUCCUACGUCAUGUCCACGUGUCAAGGAGAUACCGCCAAUGGCAACAUGGAUGUUAAAACAUUUCGAGAUGCCAUCAUUGAUUCCUCGUGUUCUGUAAGUGUGAACUCAGCAUGCCAUAGUACAUCAGGACAUAGUUUAUUUUCUACACCAGCUUCAUCAUAUACUGCAUGUGUCAAGCCGAAUCCAACCACAGUGCUUCCGAUGUUUGAGGAAAUUAUACACUACCCACUCUCUUUCGUGAAACCAUUGGAAACAGAGAUGUUCGGUAUCCGGGUUCAUCGUUUCCAGCUGGACACAAAUGUCUACAGCACGUCUAACCUUUACCCCUGCCAGAUUCACAACGUCACAUCAUUGCUGCAGUUUCCCGCCAUCGUCAGUGUACCGAAUGCUUACCCGUGUUCUGCUGAAGCAAUGACUACUUCGGAUUCAUUUGUGGACGUUGAACCUUUCACAGGAAAAGUUUGGCGGAAAGUUGUCAGGCUGCAGACUAACGCAUUGGUGGAAGACGGCUUUUUUAACGCUCCUGGCAUGCUUCCAUACAAUGUGUCUGUGAAUGCGGGCCCCUUUCCCGUUUACUGGAGGGAAACGUUAAUACACAUCACAGAGACUGCUAGUACUCACCACCAUGACAAGGUCACCAAAUUAAUGGAAGCCUCGUGUGGUGGACUUAUAAGUCUCAGCAUCAUAUCUGUCAUCGUCGUUAUCAUCAGUAUCUUCAUCGUCAUUAGACCUCAUCGGAUGCUCAGGCGGGUGGCUCCACUGCGACAUGAUGUAGUGGAGGAUGACGUCUCGCAGUGUACAAACAACAUUAAUUGA